CACGUUGUGGUUGUGCUAAAGUCCAAGCCCUUGCUUUGUCACAGCCCGCGUGGAAGCUGCAGGAGGGCUCAGGCUGCAUAAAUAGCGCUGGGAGCUGCCGGCUCCGCAGGUACCGCAGCAGUGGCAGCACAGGAGUUGCCAGCACUCAGGAUGGCGCCCAAGGCGGCCGCCCUCGUCCUGGUUCUCCUCGCGAUCUCAGGGUCACGGGCUGACGUGAACCCCGACGACGUGGCCAAUGUGAUCUGGAAGUACUUCACGGAGCUGGGCAGCAACGCCAAGGACACGGUGGGCCAGCUGCAGCAGACCGAGAUCAGCAAGCAGAUCAACACCCUGCUGAAGAGCAACCUGCAGACUGUCAGCGCCUACGCCGAGGACCUGCAGGAGCGGCUGGUGCCCUUUGCCACCGAGCUGCAGGCGCGGCUGGCGCAGGACUCGCAGCGCAUGAAGGAGCAGAUCCAGCGGGAGCUGCGGGAGCUGCAGGCCAAGCUGGCGCCCUACGCCGACGAGGUGCACCAGCAGAUCGGCACCAACAUCCGCGAGCUGCAGGCCAAGCUGAGCCCCUACGCCGAGGAGCUGCGCUCGCAGGUGGACCGCAGCGCCGGGGAGCUGCAGCGGGCGCUGGAGCCCUACGCGGCCGAGCUGCGGGAGCGCCUGCAGGACAACACCGACAGCAUCAAGGCCUCCCUCAGCCCCUACGCGGACCGGCUGCAGCAGCAGAUCGACGGCGGCGUGGAGAGCCUGAAGGAGCGGCUGUCGCCCAUGGCGGAUGAGCUGAAGGCGCAGGUGGAGCAGAGCGUGGCCGAGCUGCGGCGCGGGCUCAGCCCCUACGCCCAGGAGGUGCAGGACGGCCUCAACCGGCAGCUGGAGAGCCUGACCCUGCAGAUGGAGCGGGCGGCCGAGGAGCUGCGCGGCCGCCUGGCCACCAGCUCCGAGGAGCUGCGUGCCCAGCUGAGCCCGCUGGCCCGGGAGCUGCGGGAGGCGGCGAGCGGGGACGCCGAGAGCCUGCGGCAGCGCCUGGCUCCCCUGGCCCAGCAGCUGGAGCAGCGCGUGGGGCAGACCGUGGAGAGCUUCCGGCAGCAGGCUGCUCCCUUCGGAGAGACCUUCGGCAAGCAGCUGGUGCAGCGGCUGGAGGAGAUGCGCGGCAAGCUGGAGACGGGCGCUGCCGGCGUGGAGGAUCACCUGGAGCUGCUGGAGAAGGAGGUGCGGGAGAAGGUGGCUGCUUUCCUCAGCACCGUCCCACCCCCACAGAAUUAAGCCGGCCAUCCACACACAUUCCAAAUAUUCUUGGCCACUUCCAGUGGUAGAAAUAAAUUUCCUUGUGAUGCAC